AGUACGCAUUGCGUUGAAUAUAGAUAACACACCGCCCACACGUUUCGUUCUAACUCUCUUCGCCACCGCUGCCACCGUCGCCAACUACCGCACCUUAACCCUUCUCUCUUCAGGAAUGGUGUAAUCUAUCUUUGCAUAGUUUCAAGAUUUUGACAUGUCAUUUCAUUGGUGCUCUCCUUAAUCUCUUAGCAGGGACAUAAUUAAUUUCUUUUGUAAUUUGUUUGCAUCAUACAAGAUGAGCAGAUCUAAUCGUUCAAAGGAGAAGCAUGGAAAAAGUUGGCUUUCUGAGGAAAACUGUGAUGAAGAGAGUGCUGCCCGUACAAGGCCAUUAAGUUUUGAAGAGAUUAUGCUUAGAAGAAGAAACAAAGAACUGCUUGAAAAAGUAAAAGACCCUGCACAUGGAGGCUCUUCGGAGAAAAUUGCUGAUCAUUUUGAGUCUGCCAAAAUCUAUAAACAUGAUAAAAGUUCAUCCUUUGGCAUGGAUAAACAUGGUUCAGAGGAACCAGUGAAUGUAAGUUCUAGAAAGAAGAUUGAAAGCACCUAUGUAAAGGAAGAUGAUCUAACUGAAGGGAAAGCUAGAGCAAACUAUAUUAUAGAAACCAAAUCAAGUGCUGGAUUAAAUAAUAAAGGCAGGACAACUAAAGAAAAGACUGGAACAGAGAUGUGUGGUCAUAGAAAAAAUGAUCGAAUUAGUGAUAAUUCUGAUUAUAAAGUUGGAAAUAAGCAUUCAAGAAAUUCAGUUAACAAGGAUAGUUAUGGAGAAAUAGAUAGACCAAAAUCUGAAAGGGACAUAAAGAAAAAGAACAACAUUGGAAAGGAUGAGAAUCCUAUUGACUAUUUUACUGAAAAGAGGCGUGACAAAGAUAGAGAUAAUAGGUGGAAAUUGAAAAAGCGAUUAAGCAAUGAUUCUGGAGAAGUGCCUGAAAAGAUGCAUUAUAGAGAAUCAGAUAUGGAUAAGCAUGCAGAGGGUAGAACAAAAUAUGACAGAGAAACCAAGAGAAAAUACCGAAAUGGAGAUGAUGAAACUCAAGACAAGAAUAAACCAAGGAAACAAGAUCUUGUGAAGCAUCGGAACCUGCACAUUAGUGAGAGGAAGGAGAGGCGAGAAAAGGUGAAGUCACAUCACGAAGAAACAGCAAAGAGGAGACGUUCAAGAAGUCGAGAAUAUGAUGAUAGAAGAAGGUCCCCUUCUUUUUCACCCAGGGAGCAUAAACAUACUUAUCAAGAUGGAGAGCGUAAAGAGUUGUCUAUGCUUUCUCAGAAAGAUUGUUCUCGAAAAAAGCAUUCUGAUGUUGAUAGAAAUAGAGUAUCAACUAAUGGUUCAAGUAGUCAUCAUCAUCGUCAUGGUGGCUCCACAAGUGGACUUGGUGGAUAUUCACCGAGGAAGAGAAAAAGUGAGGCUGCUAUUAAGACUCCUUCACCAUCUAAGCAUUCUGUAGAGAAGAGACGUGCUGGAUGGGAUCUCCCUCCUGUAGGGACAAAUAAUCCUUCUCCAGCUGUUGUUUCUUCAAGUUUUCAAUUAUCAAAUUGUGCUGUGUUAUCCAACAUGCAUAAUGUGGCUUCGGCUAGUUCUCUUGAUCUAGCCCUUGUGAAGCCUCUGCCAGUGUCUUUUCUGAAUGGUGUAUUAGCUGGGAAGAAUACCAACAUUGAUUCUGUCCAAUUGACACAAGCUACACGGCCUAUGAGAAGGCUUUAUCUUGAGAAUCUACCUGCUUCUGCCUCUGAAAAAGCUGUUAUGGAAUGUUUCAAUAACCUCUUACUCUCUGCUGGUGUAAAUCAUAUCCAGCAAGCUCAACCAUGUAUCAGUUGCAUUUUGCAUAAAGAUAGGGGGCAAGCACUCAUAGAAUUCCUUACAGCUGAGGCUGCAUCAGCUGCUCUUUCUUUUGAUGGAAGUACACUAUUUGGCUCCAUUGUGAAAAUUAGACGCCCCAAAGACUAUGUUGAAGUUGCAACUGGUGAACCGCAGAGAUCAGUGAAUGCUGCUGUUACGAUAAGUGAUGUUGUAAUUGAUUCGCCUAACAAGCUUAUGGAGAUUGCUGGUGCAUUUGGAUCUUUGAAGGCUUACCACUUUGAGACCAAGGUCAGCAAUGGAUCAUAUGCUUUUCUUGAGUAUGUGGACCACUCUGUCACCAUCAAAGCUUGUGCGGGUUUGAAUGGGAUGAAGCUGGGAGGGGAAGUACUAACAGUAGUUCAGGCAAUGCUGGAUGCAUCAUCAUCCUCGGAAAAUGCUGGUAAACCACCAUCUUAUGGGAUUCCAGAGCAUGCAAAGCCACUACUCAGAAAGCCAACACAAGUACUAGAGAUGAAAAAUGUGGUCGCACCAGACUCUAUUUGGUCUCUAUCUGACAUGGCAAUUGAAGAAAUUUUGGAGGAUAUACGGUUGGAAUGUUCAAGAUUUGGGACUAUUAAAUCAGUCAAUGUAGUCAAGCAUAGCAGUGACAAGCAUUUAGCAACCAAUUUAGAAGAAUGCGAAGUCAUAAACAAAGUGGAUUCUAAAGAAGCAUCUGAAGACACGCUCUGUAUUACUAAUAAUGCAGAAUCUAGUUUUUCUGAAAAAGAUACUUACCCCAAAUGUAAGGGAACAAGUGGAGUGGAAUUCCAUGAUGACAAAGAGUUGGAAAAAGUUGCUGAUGGUAGCGCUGUUAAUGAUAAAAAAGAUCAAGUUUUUGGCUAUAAACCAUGUCAAGAACACCUUGUGAGUGAUACACCAGUUGAAGACGUGAACAAUAAGAGCAUACCUUGUAGUAUCAUUCAAGAAUGUCCUGAUCAACAGGUUACACCAAAUGAUGGACCCGAAUUUAAUGAUAAAAUUGUUACUAACGAUAAUGACGUGGAUAUUGAAAACAAGAUGGUGGGGAGCAAUAUGGACUCAAAAAAAAUAGCUGGUGCAUUUCAGGAAGGCUGUUCUGAACGUGAUACCACUUCAGAAUUGGUUGGUGCCAAAAAGGGCAUUGACAAGGAUGAUGAUAUUUUCUGCAGUGUAUUUGAACUGGGUUCAGUUCUUGUUGAGUAUGGAAGAGCGGAAGCAUGUUGUUCAGCAGCCCACUGUUUGCAUGGACGUUUCUUUGAUGGCAGAAUGGUGACAGUGGAGUAUGUUCCUCUCAGUUUAUAUAGAAAAAGAUUUUCAAAAUGAGCAUCUCAGAGAUCGGUAACUCUUGGUUAUAUGAUGAACAUCAUUAGUGUCUCCAUUAUUGUGCUAGAAUGGAUUAAUCAAUCUAAUUGGUUAUGUCAACAAGUUUCCUGGGUUUAGUGUGUGGAGAGAGGAUUUUAACUUUCAAAUUUACGCUGCUGAUAUUUAGUAUUUUUAACUUUUGGAGUGGGGAAAAGCUUAAUUGAGCGGUCGAUUUGAGGAAAAUGCAGUAUAGCAUACAUCAAGUUUGGAGCUACAGACUAUCUGAUCAAGAUCUGUUUUUUAAAUCGGACAUAUGAUGAAAAUGUUAUUUCAUACCAAAUGUUUUAACCACGGUUAGACUUUGAGCUGGUGGUCUCUUGCUAUUUUGAGAUGUUCUGUGCAUAAGGUUAUGCUGCAUUACAGACUAAAUGUUGUAUCGUAGUUAGUUUUAGAUGUUGGUUACAGGACCAUACUUUUCCCAAUAUUUGUCAAACGUAUUUCAAUUACCGUAACAUCUUACAGCCCUUUUUUUUAAUCCUAACUAUU